GCACUGUGAGCACAAACUGGAUGACAGAAGUGCAGCGCAGUGUCGAGUCCAGAUGCAAGUGGUUCACCAGUUGGAGAUUCAGCUUCGCAAAGAACGAGAGCGUCUGCGCGCAAUGACGGCUCACCUUCAGCUGACGCCUGCUCAGGAAUCCAACUCUGCACCUGCAAGAUCACCUCUGACCCAAUGUGACACAUCAGCUGAUUCACUACAUCCACAGUCUGGCUCACCCUCACCGAGUCCUCUCCAUUUUGUGGUCCCCGUCGGCACCGUGUCGCAAGAAGGAGGCCCAAAUACAUCAUUUGCUGGGGCGGUGAAACGCCGCCAUCACCGGUUGACCUACUCUACAGAAAAAGAAUGGGACCUCUACAAGAACGCUGACAUCCGACCGCCUUUUACCUACGCAACCUUAAUAAGACAGGCCAUCAUAGAAUCAGCAGAUACGCAGCUAACAUUGAACGAGAUCUACACAUGGUUUACGAGGACCUUUGCCUUUUUCCGUCGCAAUGCAGCGACCUGGAAGAACGCAGUGCGUCACAACCUGAGCCUUCACAGAUGCUUUGUGCGUGUGGAGAACGCCAAAGGCGCCGUGUGGACGGUGGACGAGGCGGAAUACCAGCGGAGGAGAUCCCAGAAGAUGAUGGGGAGUCCACUAAUGAUGAAGAGUGUCCACUUUGAGUCCGUUUUGAACGACAGUUUAAAGGUGUAACACUGCUGGCAUUCAAGUGCAGAAACUGCAACAGUGAGCCUUAUCGAACUAUGGAAUUUUUCCCUGGAGGAGGAUGGCAGUAAUUUCACUUUUUGAUAUGUUAUCGUUCAUGUCCAUCGUUGUGCAAUGCAUUGAAUGUGUAUAAACUUUUUGAUCCAACAUUGUUAUCCUGUUCGCAUACAGUCAAUUGAAUGUGUUUUAGGGGGACCAUACUCAUUUCAAAUUAAGCGAUGUAUUAAUGACUGAUAGAAUUUAGAAGAUUGGAAAACAACUGCAUAUCAGGCACUAAACAGAAUUGGAAAGAAAUGAUUAUAUUUGCAAAUUUUGAACAUAUGAAAGGUUUGAUUUUUAUUCAUACUGUAAUUGCCAUUACCAUUUUCAAAUGUAAUAAA